AUGACAACUCCAUUCCCAGUCCCAUCGGGCAUGACGCCUCCGCUGACUGUGGAUACCGAUAUUAAUCACAAUGGAUUGAUUACGGUCAUGGCCUCUUUUUCAUUAUUUUUGGUUCUGGGAUCUCUAGGGAUUCGUGUGCAUUCUGCAUAUAGUAGAAGAGCCCGUCAGUGGGAUGAUUUGACUUUUCUGGUCACCGUGAUAAAUUUCGGCUGGGGAAAGUCAAAGUCGCUAAUCACUAACGACGAGUGGACCUCUAUGGAGAAAGUAGCGUCCACGGCACUUUUCUAUCGGACCAUUACUUUGCGUAGCUCUCAAUGGAUGAGCUAUGUUCUUCUCACAUUUACUCUACUCUGUGCCCCUGUUACUGUCGUUUUACUGGCAGUCCGCUGCGACCGACAUCCAUGGCAUGAUAUCAGCAAACAAUGUUCCGUUUUGUUUCCUCACUGGCAAGCUGUCACAGCGUUGGACAUUGUUUUUGAAAUUUUGAUGUUAAUCUAUCCUAUCGGGGUAAUCGUACAAUUGCAGACGACACUAAGCAACAAAGUUAUUGUAAUUUUGGUGCUUAGCUGUCGAUUUCUCCUCGUUCCCAUCAACGCGAUCCACCUCUAUUACAUAAGUCAACAAGUCAAUUCGCCAGAUCCAACACUCGAAGGAACCCUCGCUACGGUUGUUGCGGAGCUUCACGUGGCGAUCAGCAUUCUUGUGCUGAUAGCACCAUUAAUGAAACCAUUUGUCGCAGCCUACGUCGAUGAGAACGGACUGGCCUAUACCGACGACGCGUCAAAGUCACGAACUGAUCAUAAACACACACCACACUCAGACCAAUUGAACGCGAUAGAUCCAAGGUCACGAUUUAGUGAUUCGCCACCAAAAAAUCGCAUUCUGAAGAGCAUUGAAAUAUCGGUGGAUCGCGAAGAUGUGGAGCUUUUGGAGAGACGAGGAUGCCCUCAAGAAAAACCAUCAUAUUCUACACUUGAUGCACACAUCUAA